GUUUAUUUCUUCAAUCUGAAGUUCACAACUUGUCCAAAUCUCAACCAUUUUUGGAGUUUACAAAAGUAAGCCCUCUUCAACCUUUUGACUUGAACGAUCCACGCUUCUAAAUCUUCUUCCUCAAAUCUCAUUGCAAACAACACAAUUUCAAUCUCUCACUUAUUACAUCCAAAACCCACUUCCUUAAUUUCACUAAUUCCAACGUAAGUUCUUCUUCUUGUCUUUGCUUACGUUAAAUGUGUUCAAUUCUUGAAUGGUAAAUUAGCAUUUUUUGUAGUAAUGGAUAGCAAUUAUUCGGCUAUUACAAAGGAUUCUUUUGUUGAAUUACAAGUUAAAGAUGAUAACGUUAGGGAUAACGAGCAAUUGAAACCAAGGGAUAAUGAUGAUCUUGAAGCGGAUGAUAUAGAUUUGGAUAAUUUACCUCUAAUUUUUGGUGAAGAUAAAUCUGGGUCUGGUGUAUAUGGUGCAGUUUUUAAUUUAACAACCACUAUUAUUGGUGCUGGUAUUAUGGCUUUACCUGCUACAAUGAAAGUUUUGGGUUUAGUUGUUGGGGUUGUUUUAAUAUUCUUGAUGGGUGUUUUGUCUGAGAUUAGUGUUGAAUUGCUUGUCCGAUUUUCGGUUCAAUGUAAAGCUUCUUCUUAUGGGGAGGUUGUUCAAGCUGCAUUGGGUAAAACAGCUAAGAUCUUGUCUGAGAUUUGUAUUAUUGUGAACAAUGCUGGUGUUUUGGUUGUAUACUUGAUUAUAAUUGGGGAUGUUUUGUCUGGCUCGAUUCGUCAUACUGGGGUUUUCGAUCAAUGGUUAGGUCAUGGAAUGUGGGAUCAUAGGAAGUUAGUGAUUUUGAUCAUAUUGGUGGUUUUUCUUGCACCCCUUUGUGCAAUGGAUAAGAUCGAUUCGUUGAGUAUGUCUUCCGCUGCUUCUGUAGCUCUUGCGGUUGUGUUUGUUGUAGUUGCUUUUACUAUAGCAUUUAUUAAGCUUGUCGAGGGGAAAAUUGAAGCUCCAAGGUUGACACCAGAUUUCGGGUCUAAGAAGGCUAUACUAGACCUGCUUGUGGUGAUCCCCAUAAUGUCAAAUGCAUAUGUUUGUCACUUCAAUGUUCAGCCCAUUUAUAAUGAGCUUGAAGGGCGAUCUCCUCAGAAGAUGAACCGUGUGAGCAGAAUUACUUCUGGUAUUUGUGUGUUGGUGUAUGCUUCUACUGCAAUAGCUGGUUAUUUACUUUUUGGGAAGGAUACUGAAUCUGAUAUACUCACCAAUUUCGACAAGGACCUUGGGAUUCGUUUCAGCACAGCAUUGAAUUACAUUGUUCGUGUUGGCUAUGUUUUCCAUCUGGUUCUUGUUUUCCCUGUUAUCCAUUUCUCCUUGAGGCAGACGGUGGAUGCUUUGUUGUUUGGAGGAUCUGCACCACUCACGGAAAGUAGGAAGAGGUGUCUGGCUUUGACUGCCAUUCUCCUGGCUCUUUUAUAUUUAGGGUCGACUAUGAUUCCUAACAUCUGGACUGCUUUCAAAUUUACAGGGGCCACAACUGCAGUCUCUUUAGGCUAUACGUUUCCAUCUCUCAUUGCUCUAAGGCUGAGCAAAGAAGGAGGAAGCGGUUUGAGUGUGAGAGAAAAGAUUUUGUCUUGGUUCAUGUUGACAUUGGCCAUUAUAGUUAGCGUUGUUGGAGUGAGUGGCAAUAUUUAUAGUCUCAGUAGCAAGGGUAAUUGAGGUUUGUUCUUUUUCAUACAGUGGAAAGACCUGUUGCAUUAUUGACGUAAAGUCAUGUGAUAUAGUUCCACUUAAAAAUCAUUCUAGCUUUACCAGUCCAUGUAGAAUAGCAAGAGAUUGCCAUAGAUGUUGAAGAUUGAUAGAAUAGCGAUUGCGGAUUCAUGGAGAAAAGUUAGUUAUUGAGAUUUAUGUGGAUUACGGCAGCUGUUAAUGCUGCAAUCUGUGACUAUCAAUUGUCAACUGUAGAGUGGCUUAAGCUUGAACAAGAGAUCUCACAUGGCAUCCUGAAUCAAUUGGAGAUAUGGAGGCUCUGGUAAAAUAUUGUAACACCUAUUCUGGAGCUCAAAUUUGCCCCAUAACUUGUUUCUGGAAAAAGAAACAUAAACAAUGCUAGGUAUCCUCCAACAUGAUCCAUGUAUCUGUAUUCUACUAAAAUGCUGUAAUUUUAUGCCGUUAACAUAUCUUAGCUUAUUGUAGACAUUUUUAAGUGAUGGGUUUGGGUACAAAGAUUAUUGGCCUACCAUUGUUUUAACAGAUUUAAUAGAGGUUACAUUGGAUGUUGAA